UAGAAGAAGAAAAUAGAACUGUUGGAUUUGACGUCAACAACUAGGUGUUAGCAAUGUAGCCGACCUUUGAUGUUUAUACGCGCAGUGACCGCUUCAUAUUAAGUUUAACACGCUCUCGGGACAGUGUGCAAAAUGCGCGUUUUGUGUCUCGCGAGAAGAGCUUUCGCGUUCAGCGACUGUCUCGGUGUUUACACCAGGAAAUGCGCCGGUCGUCGUUUGUGCGUGACAUUUCUCUCUGAAGUGCCAGCUGCAGCAGCGGGCAACCGUGUCAAGAAGUACAGCAAUGACUCUAGAAAUAUCCCGGGACAGUUUGUGUGCUGUCAUCUCCCUCACAGGAGCGUGCUGAAAAUCCAGGGCCAAGACACUUGCUCCUUUCUUCAGGGAAUUAUAACCAAUGACAUGAGGAUGUUACUGGAGGAGCCUGCGCUUAGAGCCAUGUACUCACAUAUGUUGAACGUUCAGGGGAGGACACUGUAUGACAUCAUGCUGUACAGUCUUAAAGAAGCUGAUGCUGGACCUGGCGUUUUCCUUGAAUGUGAUGCUGCCGUUGAGGACUCGAUUUUAAGACACAUGAAGGUAUACAAGAUUCGCAGAAAUGUCAGCAUUAAUCCCUGUCCAGAACUUUCUGUUUGGGCGGUGCUCCCCCCGCAAAAAAACCCUGGCCAAGCGGUGAGUAAACCUCAGCUUUCCUCCCCUGAAAAAGCUCUGGUAUGGGAAGCUGAUCCCAGAAUUCAGGAAAUGGGCUGGAGAUUGGUGAUGGACAGUCACAUGGACCCCAGCGCUAUCAUUUCAUCUUGUCAGAAAGGUGACACAGAGGACUAUCACAGACAUCGCUAUGCAAUAGGACUUCCUGAAGGAGUCAAGGACCUUCCUCCUGGGGUUGCACUGCCACUAGAAUCAAAUCUUGUCUACAUGCAGGGCAUCAGUUUUAGCAAAGGCUGUUACAUUGGCCAAGAGCUCACAGCCAGAACUCAUCACACCGGGGUGAUUCGGAAACGCCUGAUGCCAGUGCACUUCUCCUCUCCAGUUCAUGACCUCGAGGAAGGAGCUGCGCUACAAACGCAGGCAGGCAAGCCAGCUGGGAAGUACCGAGCAGGGGUUGGAGACCUGGGUCUUAGCUUAAUCCGCAUGGCUCAUGCCAAAGAUGUGUUGACAGUCAAAUCUUCUAAGGACACCACAGUAACAAUUGAGGUCUCUGUGCCUGACUGGUGGCCUAAAGAUGUGUAAAUGAACUAAAGAAAGUGACAUACUCCAUAUUUGAUAGAUCCCUAUUUGAUUGCUUAAACACUGUGUGGUACAAAUGUGUACUUGUUUUCAUUACAAUAAAACAUAAUUUGAGAGUGA